AUGAGGGAGGAAGCAUACGAUAUCGUUAUUGUUGGUGCUGGGCCAUUCGGCCUCUUCUUGUCACUCUGCCUAUCCCGAUGGGGUUACAAUGUGAAGCACAUUGAUAACCGAGAAGUGCCUACAAAAACAGGCCGAGCAGAUGGAAUCCAGUCCCGCUCAAUCGAGAUACUUCGAAAUUUGGGACUAAAGAGGCAGUUGAUGGCAUAUACGCCUGCGAGGCUUUACAAUGUUGCAUUUUGGGACCCUGACCCUAACAGCGAAGGCAUUCGUCGGACGAGCAAUUGGCCCAGUUGUCCGCCGACCAUCGGGGCGAGAUACCCAUUCUCCCUCAUUAUACACCAAGGUAUAAUCGAAAAAGCCUUUCUAGAUGAAAUUUCCAAAUGCGGUACUGUCGUGGAGCGUCCGAGCACCAUAGCUGGAUUCGUACAUGACAGAGAAGACCCCGUAUACCCUAUAUCAGUCACCAUAAAAAGCCUUGACACGAACGUGGAACGCACUGUACGGACAAAAUAUUUAAUUGGCGCUGAGGGAGCUCGGAGCUUUAUCAGGAAUCAGCUGGGGAUAAAAGUGCAACGGAAGGGGCCUAUUUCAGCUGUAUGGGCUGUCGUGGACGGAGUGGUCCGAACUGAUUUUCCUGAUAUCAGGAACAAAUGCACUAUUCACUCUCACAGUGGUUCAGUGAUGGUGAUACCAAGAGAGGACAACUUAGUCCGCCUCUACACCCAAAUAUCCUCCCCCGAGGAUGCCGACUGGGACCCUAAGCAGACAGCUACCAUCCAGCAAGCGCAAGACUCCAUCAAAAAGGCCCUAAAGCCAUACAACAUCUCCUGGGAUACAGUUACCCCCAGCCAGUCUGAUUUUAAUGCUGUCGAUAUAACGUCUAACCAAUCUCCUCACCAGCCAAAAGCCGGCCAGGGAAUGAAUGCCGGAUUUCAUGAUGCCCUAAACCUAGCAUGGAAGAUCCAUGCAGUCGAGGCAGGAUUUGCCGAUCGCUCGAUCCUGGAAUCUUAUGAAGCGGAACGGAGAUACAUCGCUCUGCAGUUGCUUGAUUUUGAUGCCAAAUACGCGAAGUUAUUUUCCCAGAGACUAUCUUCAAAAGACCCCAACCUACCCGAGAGCAAGGAGUUUACCAAAUUGCACAAAGCCGCUGCGGAAUUCACAAGCGGUUACGGCAUCAUAUACCCCCCGAAUGCCUUUAAUUGGCACCCGGAUCAUAGAGCUAAAUCACCGCUUUUCAUCUCCGAAGGAAAGGGACUCAAGCCUGGCCGUUGCUUUCCACCGGCUACGGUUACUCGUCUAGUUGAUUCUAAUCCCGUUCAUCUGGAACAGGAAAUUCCCUUGAACGGGUCAUUUCGGAUAUUGAUCUUCGCCGGGAGCCUGGACAAAUCCAGAACUGCUCUGGCUGAUUUCUGCCAACACAUGGAGAAACCAUCGAGUUUCUAUUCUUUUUUUGCGACACCCGAGCAUUCCCCAGACCCAUACUUUGAGAAACAUAAUCCCCAUUCAAGAUUCUUCACCCUUGCAGCUGUAUUCAUGGAAGAAAAGGAUAACGUUGAUAUCUCAACUCUUCCACGGCUUCUCAAGACAUAUAAUCACCAUAUCUACGCCGAUGACCUCGUUCAUAAGAGGGAUACUCGUCCGAUGGGGUCGGUCCAUAGGACACUUGGCUUUGAUACUGGCAGGCCCGGUGUUGUGGUCAUACGCCCUGACGGACACGUUUCCUGUAUUGUCAUGUUGGAGGAAGGAAGCGGGACUGUUGAUGCCUUGAAUAAGUAUUUUGGCACAUUCACCUCGAAGGUGGCCAGCGGACUCACGAUUUCACGACUAUGA